CCCCCGGCCCCCCCCAGCUCCAUCCUCCGCCACCGCCGGAGCAGCUGCGGGGCCGCCGCCGCCUUUGCAGGCUGAGUCAUCACUAGAGAGUGGGAAGGGCAGCGGCGGCGGCAGCAGCAGCAGCAGCAGAAGAAGAAGAAGAAGAAGAGGAAGAAGAAGAGGAAGAAGAAGAAGAAGAAAAAGAAGAAAAGAAUCCAAUCCCUAAAACUGAUCCUGCAAAGCACCAUUUCUCCAAGUUGGGGGCUCAGAGGGGAGCCAUCAUGAGCGAUGUUACCAUUGUGAAAGAAGGUUGGGUUCAGAAGAGGGGAGAAUAUAUAAAAAAUUGGAGGCCAAGAUACUUCCUUUUGAAGACAGACGGCUCAUUCAUAGGCUAUAAGGAGAAACCUCAAGAUGUGGACUUACCCUAUCCCCUCAACAACUUCUCAGUGGCAAAAUGUCAGUUAAUGAAAACAGAACGACCAAAGCCAAAUACAUUUAUUAUCAGAUGUCUUCAGUGGACCACUGUUAUAGAGAGAACAUUUCAUGUAGAUACACCAGAGGAAAGAGAAGAAUGGACAGAGGCUAUCCAAGCUGUAGCUGACCGACUACAGAGGCAAGAAGAGGAGAGGAUGAAUUGUAGUCCAACCUCACAGAUUGAUAAUAUAGGAGAGGAAGAGAUGGAUGCGUCUACAACCCAUCAUAAAAGAAAGACUAUGAAUGAUUUUGACUAUUUGAAACUACUAGGUAAAGGCACUUUUGGGAAGGUUAUUUUGGUUCGAGAGAAGGCAAGUGGAAAAUACUAUGCUAUGAAGAUUCUGAAGAAAGAAGUCAUUAUUGCAAAGGAUGAAGUGGCACACACUCUUACUGAAAGCAGAGUACUAAAGAACACCAGACAUCCAUUUUUAACAUCAUUGAAAUAUUCCUUCCAGACAAAAGACCGUUUGUGUUUUGUGAUGGAAUAUGUUAAUGGAGGAGAGCUGUUUUUCCAUUUGUCGAGAGAGCGGGUGUUCUCUGAGGACCGCACACGUUUCUAUGGUGCAGAAAUUGUCUCUGCUUUGGACUAUCUACAUUCUGGAAAGAUUGUGUACCGUGAUCUCAAGUUGGAGAAUUUGAUGCUAGACAAGGAUGGACAUAUAAAAAUCACGGAUUUCGGACUUUGCAAAGAAGGGAUCACAGAUGCAGCUACCAUGAAGACAUUCUGUGGCACACCAGAAUAUCUGGCACCAGAGGUAUUAGAAGACAAUGACUAUGGCCGAGCUGUUGACUGGUGGGGCCUCGGUGUGGUCAUGUAUGAAAUGAUGUGUGGGAGAUUGCCUUUCUACAACCAGGAUCAUGAGAAACUCUUUGAAUUAAUACUAAUGGAAGACAUUAAAUUCCCCCGAACACUCUCUUCAGAUGCAAAAUCAUUGCUUUCAGGGCUCUUGAUAAAGGAUCCAAAUAAGCGCCUUGGUGGAGGCCCAGAUGAUGCAAAAGAAAUCAUGAGGCAUAGUUUUUUUUCUGGAGUAAACUGGCAAGAUGUAUAUGACAAAAAGCUUGUACCUCCUUUUAAGCCUCAAGUAACAUCUGAAACAGACACCAGAUAUUUUGAUGAAGAAUUUACAGCUCAGACUAUUACAAUAACACCACCUGAAAAGUAUGACGACGACGGCAUGGACUGCAUGGACAGCGAGCGGCGGCCACACUUCCCUCAGUUCUCGUACUCUGCAAGCGGACGGGAAUAGUUCCUUCCAGUCUGUCUCUACACUGUCAUCUUAGACUUUGCCACUGAGAAUGACUCCUGGACAUCUCCAACAGUCCUUGCUCUUACAGUUAGCAGGGGAACCUUCCGACAUCCCUGACCAGCCAAGGGUCUUCACCCUCACCACCUCUCACCCACAUGAAACCAUAUACACAGACACUCCAGUUUUGUUUUUGCAUGAAAUUGUAUCUCAGUCUAAGGUCUCAUUCUGUUGCUGCUAUUGUCUUACUAUUAUAGCAACUUUCAGAAGUAAUUUUACAAUCUUUGGGAGUCAUGAGCCCAUCGUUCAUUUGUGCAUCAAAUGCCAUCUUAUUUUGGUUUUCCCUAGCAGUGAAGGCUAAAUGAGAUACACUGAUUCUAGGUACAUUUUUAACUUUCUAGGAGAUAAAUCAAGAACUAAUUAGACUAAGAAGAUUUAGUUUAUAUUUCUGAACAAGCAAUUGUUGAAGGGUGGUGGUGUGUGAUUGUAAGAGUUUAGUAGCGCCUGUCUGACCAGCACAUGAAGUGUGUAUCACUGACAUCAGGCUGGAAAUCCUUAGGAAACAUUGAGGGGACUGGAGGGCCAAUGAGAUACACGUGGUUUUUUGUUUUAAUUUAAAUUCCUGCUGGCUAUAGUGGAGGAAGCCCAGUGCCACCCAUGGACACCCAGAUUCCAAGGGCAAAUGGACAUUGUCCAACCAAGUACUGAAGGUGCAGAGUCACCUCGACAGUCUUAGGAUUUACUUUGUACCAGAGAGUAUUUUCCCCUGGGCUUGGCAACCUUUUCCCCUUCUUGAUGUUUAUCACCUCUGAUGGCUGAAGAAUGUAGACAGUAUAAUGAUCCUGCUGUCGCCAAAAUCUAUACACCAAGGCGAACAGGUGUUUGCCUUACCAGUUUUGAAGUUUUUACUUUCACUUAUAGGUAAAUUAGCUUUUUCUCAGAUGUUAAAACUUUGAAUGUCCUUCAUGGUUUUGUUUAUAUUACAGUAGUAUUUAUUUUUUAGUGAUAAGAAUUGUGUUGUCAUGUUAGUGAGCGCAGCUCCGAUUCACAGGUCAUUGCCUGCGGUUUCUUUUGACCCAUGUGCAAGGAAUGUACACACCGUUAGAAUCAUGCACUUUCCUCCUAUGUGAAAACGAAUGGUAAGGCUCUGGGAUGUAUGUGUUGGUUAGAAUCUGGUUAGAAUCUUUGGGAGAAGAGAUGCUGUAAUUUAACCCCUUGGAGCUGAAAUGAGAAAAUCCCCAACUACCCAGUGCCAAGGGGUUGGUGGAGCAAAUGCAUGUUGGUGGUUGCUCACUUGCGUGGAUGUGAAGGGAUAGCUUGGCAUAAAGUGAUGGAGAAAGCUGAGACCCAAAUGACGAUAAGAAAUGAACUCUACUCGGCAAAAUGAACACAUCACAAAUAUUCACACAGUAGGAAGUAAAGAAUAAGAAGCUGGUGUGUUUAUUCUUAUCAAGGUACAUUCAUUACUGAAUCAAGCCAUCAGGGAAUACAACAAAACAAAACACCUCUAGCUUUUAUUUUUCUGUACAUACUCAUGUCUCCCAACCCAAGCAUUUCUCAUUGAGAGGGGACAUGUAUGCAAACCUCAUCUUUCUCCUUCAUUCAUGAUGAUCUUCAGAUUAAACCCUUUGGUGCUAGGAGCUGACGCUUUCCAAAGCAGACUAUGAAGUCCAAGGAUCAAAGCCUAUCUUGCAGCAAGCAAGAGGGCAACUGCUGCUCCAAGGAGUGGUCAUGGAAAUGUGUUCUAGUUACUAACUGACAGCUCCCAAGUAGGAGUCAUGGUCUCAUGCAGAUGUCUUGGCCUCUAGGCUCAGACUUAGGGAAGCAGAGCCGCUGCUGGCAGUGGCUGGCCGCUGGGACUGCUGGGACUGCUGGGGUGUAAAGGGCAUUUUACUAAGGCAGCUAAGACAGACUCAGAAUAGACUUUGUCCUAAUUUUUCAUGUCUCUACCUGGGUGCGUUUACCCUUAGUAGGAAGUAGGAAGUCAGGCAGAUGUGCAUUCUUACAUCUGCAGUCUUCUUUUAUCCUACAUAGAUGUUGAAUGUCUCACAUUGACAAGAAAGUACAUUAGAUGGUAUGUCCUUUCAGUUACUGUGCAUCCAUUCUGUAAGAAAGAAGUAGGAGAGGAAGAAAAGCAAGCUGAGCCUGGCUGAUGUUUAGAGCAUUUAUUCCCUCAGAGGGAGCAGACACUGUACACUAAGCACACAGCUUCUUUUGUUUUGUCUCUCCUCCCAAGUCUUAAGGUAAUUUCCUGACCUUGGCCAAGGAUACUUUGUGAAGAUUAAUGAGGGGGCAUUGACAGUGUCUCAGGCUGGCCACUCCUCACACCUGGUCCUUGGUCCCCAGCCAUUCAAAGGGUUACUCAUCCCAUCCCUGCCUCCCUGAGUGUCACAGCAGGUGUGUUCUUAGCUUUGAUCUCAAGAAUUCUUUCCUUUCACCCUCCACCAGAUGUCAGUGAAAAGGCAGAAGUAGAACAGGAUGUGGGGAGGCGACUCUAAAAUCUUAGGUUGCCUAGUCCUACAGCUUAGGACUUCCAGCAGUUGAAAUGGCCUGAAACCUGGCAUCAUGUCCAGAUGCAGCUCCUACCAACUCCACCUUGACCUCUUGUCACCAUGCAGGGCUGUCUGGGAGGAAAGUGGCCACUUCUGCUCAGACUGUGGCAGCAUCCUCCCAGCUUUGCUCUGGACACUAAUGACCUAGAUUAUUCCAGUAGUGUUUCCAUUUCCCACCUGACCUCCAGCUUCCCAGAGCUGACUUCUUGCAGGGCCAUAUGCUUCUUUUUCCCUCACUACCUGCAGGGCCUCCACCACACCUCAGUGUGCACACUUUGCUGCUACCGUCUGUACUGUCUACAUCACAGUUCCCUUAGCUUGCUCCUGGUAGUGCAUUACAGGCAAGCAUGAAAUGUAAAGUAUUUAUUUAAAUAAAAAAGAAACCUCUGAAUUGGUCAUCGAGUCACCUCCCUGUAGAUUUGUAGUCUGUGACAUAUUUUGACUUUCUAGUUCUUGUACUAGAUCAAUACAAGAUCUGGUCAUCUGGUUAAGGGUUUGAAGCAGACACAGCUAUGAACCCGGAUGCUGUCAAGGCUGGCCACACUACAGAUGUUUGUGUCCUUACGUUUAUAACCCCAGGGUGUGAAAUAACUACCAAGAACCUGAUUUUGUACACUGUACACCCUUAGUAUCUCACACUCUUUGAUAGGGACACACAUUACUUCCUUCGUACAGACAGCUUAAAUAAAGCCCUAUGUCAAUCUGCUACUUCUCUGUUUGUUGUUGUUGGAUAUGGCUUUGUAAUAUCAGAAAACUAAAUUUCCUUCUUUUCUGGAAAAAAUGAUUAUAGCCCCAGCUGUUAUUAACCAACCCUGUAUGAAGGUGUGACAGGAAAUGAGGUAAAUUCCUCUGACAUAAAACACAUACGGGGUGUGUUUACUCGACCAGAAUGCCAAUAGCAUGCUUACACCAACUGAUAAAGGGCUAGGGGUAGUCACUGGCCACCAGCACAAGAUUUGAAGGCACAUCUAUUAGGAUGCCAGAGAAAGAGUAGCUUGCAGACCUUAAAGGUCUUAAUAAGAAAUGGUGUGGGCCCAGAAUUCUCAAGGAAUGCAGCUUCUCACUAAUGUCUUCCUGAUAACCUGCUGCCCCACACACUUCCUGGCAAGUGUGUCUUUAACCCUUCAUGUCAGUUUGACUUGACUUAGACAUGAGUAGUUGAUGGCUGGAAUGUCUAGAUUACAUUGUUUUGGAUGGGGUGUCUUUCUGAUUUUUACCUCAUAAGCUACAAUUGUAGAACUUGGCUUUGCUGUUGUGAGUUCAACAGAGAGAGGAAUGACUUUUGGGACCAGUCAGUCAGGCAUGCAUGUGUAUUUCUCACAGCCUAAUUUGGGGACAUUCUUACAUGUGCUGUUCUCAAAAUCAGCUGGGGUUGGCAGAUCCACGAGGCUGAAAUAAAGUGACCUCUACAACUCUUUAAAGGUGCUAUUUUUAGAAUAUUGUAUCAUUUAUUCUUGGUAUCCAUAAACUAGAAUUGAGGACAGUUAAAGUAUGUGACAGCUUCAUGUCUAACACGUUUGAUGAAACCAGAAACUUCGGACUCAGAAGUUCUGCUGUUUUAGGCUUGCACCUUUGACCUGCCCCAGAGAUGAGGAUGGCCCAUGCACCGUCAUGCUGCCACCACCUCCAUGGCCUAAGCUGCAUGUUUGUGCGGGGCAGGCUGAGCAUGUGGACACUAGGCCUCAGCUGAGAGCCCUGGGCUGCUGGCAGGGAGAGGUGAGGUCUCACAUGCAGGCUUGCCCUUAGUGCUUCAUCCCUUCCUCACCCGCCAUGACCAUCUCAGCAGCAUCCAGGCUUUAUUUCUGUCUGUCGGCUUUUGUUUUUUGGUUUUUUGUUUUGUUUUGUUUUUGUUUGUUUUGUGGUGCUGGGGAAGGAACCCAGGGCCUCACAUAUGCUAGGCAAGUGCUCUGCCACCGAGCUACACCCCAGACCUUCCAGUGUCCAUUUGUAGUCCUUUGAAGCAUUUGAGGGCUUGACUGUAUAGUAGAAAUACUAUUUUAGAUUAAGAAUAUGAUCUGUGUACAGAUAUUUGAUAUACUGUUAAGUAAAUUUUCUAAUUUCACAUACAUUUGUUUUUAGGCUCCUCUCAAAUACUGCUAUUGAAGACAAAAAUCUGACACCAUCGAGCCAAAGAUGCCUUUUUUGGGGGAGGGGGGGAGGGGCUUGCUUUGUGUUGUUGAGAGAACGGGAAGAAUAAUGCAGAGUGCUUCCGGAGUGCACACAGUUCAGUGGGGAAUAGAGGAUGCUGACUAAAGGCAGACGUGGUCAGAGGGAAGCAGCGGUGACCAGCAGGAGAGGUGGGCUUCAGGACACUGUGGCUGACUUCAAACAUGUGCCUUUUGGUGUGUUUUGUCAUUGCUACAAAAUGAAAAGGAAACAGAACAACUCAAGUCUUUAGAAAGGUUAUUUUAUUAACCCUGUGCAUUUGGAGACAACGUGAAUCAGUGACUUGAAGCUGUUCUGAGCGCAGGCUCCCAACUAGCCCUAGCGGGUCGCUGCUGAAGCACUCCCUGUCUGCAGCACAGGGGCAGCCCCCGGCAGUCCCCGGUGGUGUCUCCCUGGGGAGGUUUCGGUGCACUGUCGCACAUUAAGUACAAAUCAGAUGAAUGUAAAUAUCUCUUUGUAAAUCAUUUAUUUCACUCUGUUUCAUCCAGGUCAGCAAUCAGAUUGUGGCAUGCUGGGUAACUGGAAAAAAAAAAUGAUAAUAAAAAGUAAGUUUAAAUA